AUGUCCAAUGCCUCCCUGAAACCCCCCCUCCCCCCCAAAUUCGCCCUCCCUCCCCAGCUCCUCGCCCAGGCAGCCGAUGCCUACCGCCAGCCCGCCCCGCCCCCCUCCCUGCCCCCAGCCCAGAAUCUCAUGCGCCACCAGGACCCGUCCCACGAUCCACAAGACAAGAACCCAUCCCAACCGAACGGCCCCGGCGUCGGUGUCGUGCGCUGUCCCGAACAGCGGCCGUGGCAGGAGCGGCAGCGCCAUGCUGGCGAAAAGCUCGCGAGGUUUGAAGAGUGGGAGGUGGACCAUUUCGUUGCUGAUCUGUCGAUGGUGCUGAGGAAAGAGUAUGACUGCUGGGUAGAACAGUGCUGGCAAGAAGCCUUCCACCACGUCUUCACCCAUACCUUGCCAGAGCUCAUCAUCAACCUCAUCAUGUCUGGCGCAACCCCAACCUUUCUCCGCCGCAACGUCGUCUUUGGCGGCCAAUCCCUCGACCACCUCUUCCAAUCCCAAAUGCUCCACAUACUAUUCGAAGAGCUCGAACACCGUCUCUGCGGCGACCGUCCCCACGCCGACCCAGGCCCCUCCAAGCCCUCUGCCCCCGCAUCCAAAUUCUCCCCCUUCCCCUUUGCCGCCCCCCCUCCCCCCGCACCGCCCAUCUUUCGCGACGGCGUCUGCUUCCACAACCUCGCAUGCGACCACGGCAUCCCCGAGGAAGAAGACAACCACGGCGCAUGUCUCUGCCAGCUCACCACGUGCAUGGCGUGUUUCGGGCACUAUGCCGUCUAUCGCCGCGGACCGAUCAGCCUGUUACCGCAUGAGCUGUUGAAUACGCCUGCAGCGAAGGGGUGGCUGGGAGGGGUCGAAACGGAGGCGCAUGCCCGCGCGCGGCAGGCGUCGUUACGCCGUCAAACGCAGACGACGCAGGCGCUCCCACCAGGUAAAGGCUUUGUGCAGAUGCCGAAACCACAGCCGCCGACAGCGACAAAGACGCAGAAUCCGGAGCAGAACAAGGUGCUGCCGAAACCGCCGCAGAUCUUUCCGCAUCCACAGAUGACGGAUGUGUUGGCAGUGGAAGAGCACCUGAGAUGGAGGUUGAAGGAGUUGGGAGCGGGGGAUAAAGCGGUGGAGAAUCGGUAUGGGCCGUCGGGGAACAAUCCCAUUGCGUUGGAGGGUGUUGGACUGCCGAAUGUUCAAGAGGAUGUUGAAGAAGAGCCCAAACCCAACACGACGCCGUCAAAGAAUAUGAAGAUGGCCAAAGUCAAGGGAAAGGGCAAGCUUCGACGCGUCCCAGUGUCGACAAACAAUAUCAAAAAGGACAAAGACGGCAAGGAGGUGAAAAAGGCGAUUGUCUAUCUGCCGAAAGAGUGGACGGAUGUAGUGGCGUCAGAGAGAAAUACGGCCACCGUUCUUACAUUCCGGCAUUUCGUCAAGCUUCUACAUCAAAUAGCAAUGGCCGCCUCGCCCUUCUCCCAUCCCGACUACCCGACCGACAUUGAAGAGCUCGAGCGCAUGCACCCCGUCGCGCUCUAUCGCCGUCUGGCUGAGCCGGCUGUGGAAAGGCGAUGGGGCGCAGAGGAAGCCAAGGGGUGGAGAGUCUGUAUGGACAAGUGGGGAGAAGAGUUUGGGGGCAAGGAGAGGAAGAAGGUGUGUCUUUUUUCUCUUUCUAGAAAAGGAAUGCGGAGAUAUAGAGAGUUCGAGCUGACGAGACGAUGUGGGCUGAAAAGGGAAACGACGCGUCGUCCGGCAAAGACCACUCCUCCGCCAUUAAACACUACACCCGCGCCAUCUCCCUCGACCCCAAAAAGACAGUCUACUACUCCAACCGAGCCAUCGCCUACAACAACCUCGGCCUUCACGGACACGCCGAGCUGGACUGCACCUUUUUGCUGAGUAAAGACCCGAAGAACGCCAAGGCGCUGUACCAGAGGGCUUUGAGCAGGAAGGGGAUGGGAAGGUGGAGAGAGGCGGAAGGGGAUUUAGAAGAGCUGAUGAGGUGGGGAGAGAGCGAGAGUGCGAGGGCGCUUCUGGCGCAAGUGAGGGAAAAGAGUGAUGGGGAGGUGGUUUAGGGAAGUAAUAGCCAAAGUAGUAUUGGGCAGUGAGCGCAUAACUAUACACUUGUCACCAUGUCACAACAACUCUUGUCUUGUCCCGUCUCGUCGCAGCG